AUGCGCCAGAAACAACUUGACACGGGUGCAGCAGAAAGACAGAAGCGGCAGCAAGAGAACAUGGCAAAGCAGAGGCUGCGAGACCGCCAACGCAGAGAAGCAGCGAAUGAUUACCAAGCAGAUGAUCUUGAUCUGGAGUCGGAGCUCGAGUAUAUGGAAGAGGAGCCCAGUACGCAAACACAGUUCUCCACGACUACGGUCCUUCAGCCAACCACGGCGCUUCGUCCUAUUGAGAAUCAAGCUCCUAUCCAACCUGUGCGGAAGAGUCUUGUCCGCACAUCAGGGCAUAUCCCGAAGCGUCCCGAGCCCAGAAUGAUUAGCGCAGACAGGUCAAAGACCAAUGUGCCUCACCGGUUCCGUCCUGGCGUGCUCCCCAGCGCGCACUUGCACAAUCCUAGCAGCCUUUUCUCCGCGACUACUAUCCAUCGACCAACCACGGUGCUUCACUCCGCUGGGAAUGAAACUUCUAUCCAACCUGUGCGGAAGAACCCUGUCCACAUAUCAGGCCUUAUCCCGAAACAUUCAGAGCCCAUAUCGAUCAGUGCCGACAGCUCAGAGACCACCGUGCCGCACCUGUCCCGUCCUGAGGACGAAUCUGGUGGUAACCAAGAAUGGCAUGAUAGAGCCUCCGAUGAUCAAGAAGACACAGGCAUGCUGCACGACGAAGAAGAUGAGUUCGAUUGGAACGCCCUUCCCCGUAGUUCAUCUCCGUCAAGCUCAUCGCCUGUGCCGGCUCGCACUGAACUGCCGCCUCCUCGUGUUACCGCCAAGUCGCAUCGACAACGGCCAUCCUCCGAUGCGGUACGGGUGGUGAAGAAGAUGCGAUCGAGCGAUGAUUGUCCGUAUCCAUCCGCAGAUCAGCAAGUGCAGUGGGCCAAAAGAGCAUGGAGCCACGCGUGUCGUCAGAAAGGGGUUGAAGGUGAUCUGACGGAGGAUUUAGUGAAGCUGAUUACAAAUCGAGGCUCACAUAUUCGUGGGUCCAUCCGGGAUGCCGCACGUCCUCAUGUCAAAGGACAAUAUGGCCUACGACCACCCAGCAAGACCAAUCCCACGAUUACACGGCUCAACCGUGAUCGCGUCGAACUUUUGAAGGAUAACGCAAGGUUCUACUGCGAGAAUCCAGAAGCCGAAGAGGGAGAAUUUGAACAUCCAGUGAUACAAGAUGUGCUCAACUCUACGUUAUUCAAGGAUCGUCUUUCGCCCGGUGUCAUUCAUCAGCAAUACUUCACUCCCGAGCUGCCGCUGACGACACUGGCACUGAUUCUCACUGCUAUCGAAUGUGUUCUUGACGAGUGGAAGACUGGUGAAGAGAAACGCUUGAACUUCUCGGAGAAAGAGUACAAGGAUGUAUUCGAAGAGCACUUGGCCGCGCUCGAGCAGUGGCAGAACCGUGUUCCAUACGGUAUGGCCACAAUCAGACGUGGACUCACCGAGAACGCUCGGCUCUAUGCGAAGGCUCCAAUAGAAGCCCAGCCGACCCAUGUCCGGUCGCUUCGCCUUGAUGAAAACCGGUUGGAGGCCGCUGAGCGCCGCUGGGAGGCACGCCGACAGAUCGCAGAAGGAGGUCACGAUGCGGCAUGA